CGGCAAGUCGGGAUGGGGUAUUCUGGGUAAGGAGGAAAGGGCGAAUGCCUUGUCGAGACCUGGGUACCGCGCUUGCGCCGGUUGAGCUGUGCUUGAGGUAGGGAGCGAUGGCCUGGGAACUCGAGCUAUGGGACUGCACAUGGGAACCAAGACGAGUCGGGAGGGGAGUAGAGAUGUCAGUACCGCCGAGCAAUGAAUGGAAGGGGACCACAUGUGAUUGGCGGGGAUAUGAGAUUGUGCCGGAGCUAUCGUGCCUAUGGAUAGAGCGUGCCUGGAACCCGUUGAGGGAAGAGGGAGGAUGGGAGGAGAUUGUGGAAGGAAGGGUGGAAUCAGUCGAGACGAUCGUUCUCUCUGAACAAGGUUGGCACCUGUUCUGCACAACGCUCGCGCCAGGACAGGACCUGAUGUGGCUUUUAGGGGACGCUGAGGCAAGGGCUCGACAGGCGGGGGAAAGAUUUGCUAACAAAGGAUGGGAUAUGGUCAGCGGUAGAGUCGUGAUGGGAGGAUGGAAGGAAUUUAAACCGCCUGGCGCACGAAUCAAGAGCUGGGUACCCGAGUUCGUGGCGAACUGGUUUGGGGGUUUUGAUCAUGUAACAGAGGUAGCCGACACGAUGGAGCGAAUACACGUGAACUGCACAUGGCUGGCAGGGGAAUUCUAUAGGACGUCCUUGAAAUACGGGCCCUUCCACGACGAUAGAGCCCGGGAGGUCCUUAUCAUUUUGGAUAUUGAAAGGAAUGACCAGCAGGAGGUGACCCCGGAAACUAGGGAGGCCAUAAUCCGCCGUGAGGUAGCAGCAACACCUUGCUAUGUGGAUGAUGUGUUCAAACUGUUCGAAGAUCGAGAGUCAGCCAAACUGGAAGGAACCCGAGAAGACGGAAAGGAUGCCUCAAUUGGAGAAAGCUCGGGGAAAGCUGGGGGUAGCAAAAGGGGACCUCAGGAAAACAGGGAAGGGGGAAAUGAUAUGAGAACAAGCCCUCGGAACUCAGCAGGAGCCACCCCUAAAAAGACAAAAGUCUCGGAUGCUAGUCGUAAAUUGGCAGAGAUAGAAAAGCAGACUGCAGAAUUUAAGGCAAGGCUUAUCGAGCAGAUGAUGGCCGAGGAUGAAGAGGACCCCCAGGGCGCAGGGUCACGUGAGGGACGCAGGACCGGUCAAGACGAGGCUAGGUAUGAGGGGAAGGAUAAUAGCCACAAAAGAACGCCUAGUAAGAAGGGGAAGGACAAAAACGACCCCCCGACGGAGGAGACUGAAAACACUAUGACCCCACCCGCCAUCGACAGCGGCACUAGCAGACUGCCCACUACGCCGAAAGUAACAAGGGCGUGUGACGGACUCUGGAACCUUAGGGAAAGAGUGCUAGGAUGGUUCGACCCAGAAGGAACGCCGAAAACCAGGGAGAAGCAAAGGAAAAGCAAGGCAGGGGAAGGGACCAGUGCGGCCAGAGAAGCGGGUGGCUCCGAAGAUGGUCUCAAGAGGGUAGUCGCCACCCUCACCAGGACACUAAACAAGAGCCAGGGGUAUCUCGCAGAUUCAAAGAAGAAACUCACGUUCGAUGGGGCCAACAUUACGGAGUUUCUAAUAGACUAUGAAAACCUAGCAGCCUUACUGAAUUGGACGGAAGAGGAAAAGAUGGAGCACCUGGGGCAGCACGUGUCGCUAAGCUUGGGAAGGGACAUUAUGGCCAUCAUCGUCUCCAGUGGAUCCUGGAAAGAAACCAGGAAUGAGAUGAUGAGGAAAUACCUGAAGGCAGAAAAAAUGGCAACAAAGGCCGAAUUAGCCGCGGUCCGGAGGAAAAACUAUGCGACUUACAACGAUUUCCUAAGGGCGUUCAUGUUAGUGGCUCUGCGAAUUCCCGGGGUAACGGACCGCAUAAUGAGUAAAUACUUCCUCAGGCAGUUUUCCGAGUUUGAUAAAGAUAAGAUUUUGUCAGCAUACCUGCAGACCAACAAGUUCGAAUACACGAGAGAUGUGGACUUCAGCACCGUAACAGACCUUGCGGAAAAGACAGUGGUCACCGAGACGCUAACCCUGCUUAAGGAAGGGAAGGUCAAGAAGGGGAUAGAGAGCCUGCACGAACGGGUGCACGAGGUUGACAGCAAGAUGGACAGAAUGGAAAAUGCGCUGUUAGUAAUGCAGGCGCAAGUGUCCAGACCCGCCCUCCCGCCCCAAGAGGCCGUGGUUCCGGCAGCUGUAGCAAACCGGGGGUUUGGCAGGAGGGACCCGGCCAACGAACAAUCCAAGUAUUGCACCAUGAUCGGGCAUUUCGUACGGGCCUGUCCGAGACUCAAUCACGAUAUCGAGCUGCAGAGGUGUAGUAGGUCCCUCAAAGGCGAGAUCCUCGGACCCACGGGGGAGCGUGUCAAUUGGAACUCGCCAGGAGGGAUGCGGCGAGCCGUCAUCCUCCUGAAUAACUUAGAGAUAGUUGUCGUAGAAGCAGAGCCGAUAGCCGAGAUUGUCUGGGACCAGCCAAGGGGACGGGGACCACAGGCCAAUUUUAUCCUACAAGGCAAUGGCCAGGAUAGGCGGAUGACCGUGAUGGAAGAAAUGGAUCACGACGUAAUCCUCGGGAGAUCGUGGUGCGCCAAUGUGGAAAUGAUAGGAAUGCAUCUGCACGACGGCACAUACAUGGUAGACAUUGAGGACCCAGUGACUGGCCACGGGGAACUCCUUCGACUUCUUGGGACCGGAGGAGACCCUCCGAAGGGCAAAUUGGCAACCUGGUCUCCGACAUUCGAAGAAAGUGCGCGGAAGGGGGCAUUCGCACGAAUGGAAGGCAUGAGGGAAAGGGUAGAAAUUGUGAUCGAGGAGGCUUUUAGUAAAAAGGAAUGGAUCAAGAUGGGUCUGCCCGUAAAGAAGAGAAGGCCUGAGGACGAGUCCCUGGGGGUUAUGGUGGCGGAAAAGGAGCAGGAAGUUGAACUUGGGGCCAGCUUGCCCAAGCCAAAGGAAGGCCGUAACGAGACCCCCGAGCUAGUGCUCGAAGUCCCAGACCUGUUGCAACUUGUUAAGGCAAUCAGGUACCACAAAGUCGGGGUGGACCCGGCAGCGCUUGCCAAGUUUGAGGAUGAGGUGGGCCGAGGAGAUCGCAAGUUAGGGGGAACCGGCGCCCGGAGCGGAACGGCGUGUGGGACACAAAGGGAACGGGGGGAGCUGGAGACCGCCGCAAGGCGGAAGGACGUCAGGAGCACCAAGGGAGGACGUGGUACAGGAGGGGCAGGAGUGUCGGGGACCACAUGGGAUCGGAAGACGAGGCGGUACCGGCAGGACAAAGAGUCGGGGACCACGCGGGACCAGGGGACGGCGUGGUGCCGGCAGGGCAAAGUACCGGGAACCGCGUGUGAGGCCUCUUUCAGUCAUCUGAAGCAUGCGUUGACACACCACGAGUUCUUGAAACUUCCCGAUCUUGACAAGCCGUUUAUAGUCACCACGGAUGCUAGCCAAUAUGGCAUAGGCGCCGCGCUCGCGCAGCAGGAGGGGCCAAAGUUGAGGCCAAUCGAGUACAUGUCCAAAAAGAUGCCGUCUCAGAAGUUGGCUAAGUCCACUUAUGAGAAAGAGCUCUACGCGAUUUACAAGGCACUGACCCAUUGGAGACAUUAUCUCCUUGGGAGAUGGAUCGAGCACAUGGCUAUUGGUUUUAGGCAUGCCAUCUGGAAGAUGGACACCUUCAACCAUCUCGACACCUUCACAAUCGGUGCGUAUCAGUUCCUUGUCGGUAUCAGCGACACUGAGGUUGUGAAACGCCGAGCCAUUGCCAUGAAAUGGAAUAUGGAUCAUUUCAGCAGGGAAUGCAAAUCUAUCGAGCCGUUUGAUCUCAUGUUCCCGCCCAUGUCUUAUCUUGAUCCGAGAAAGUGUGGCAACUCUUCGGUGGUCCUGUGGCAAAACGGUCUCGAGCAGGCUCCUACCUGUGAACUCCGAUGCCUCCGAAAGGUCUGGAGCGCAGGGGGUCCGUAUUUCACUUGCAAAUGCAAGCUUGGUGAUGCGAAGGAAUGUGAUGGGGGUCCUCGCUGGUUUGAUCACAGGCUGUGGUUCCCUUCUCGCGCACUGCGAUGUCCUAUUCGGAAUAUGUCGUCGAUUAAGACUUGCACCUCUAUCCUCAUCCAUUAUCUGCGCUCAUCAUGGAAGGGUGCAGUGAAAACUGCAACCAUAUUCAUAUUCAUACGAGAACAGAUGAUGAAUGUGGUUUCCAACCUAAAGGAGGACAACUCCGGAAACACUGAGGCAGUCAUCAAUGGUGAGAAAAUAUGGGAGCACCCUAUGCCACCCGUUGUCGGCAAGAUGUGCCCGACAAAGGUCAUGGCCGAUUCCCUGGCUGCCAUCAUCGGAUCCCACAUCCUAUCCACAAAACACUCCCUACAGGACGGAGUUGUGCCACUGUACCUGGAACCGGAGGAUGAGGACAGAUACAUGAGGGAGUACGACGACGAGGACGGGCUGAACGACAAGAUAUUCCCGGGCUGUGACGGGAUAGGUACCACCCCAACACCCGAGGGCAGCAUGGGAGGAUACAGCGUGGGAUCCGCCGCCGGGAGAAGGGCAAACGAUGGCAGCGGUCGAACCGGAGGAAUCAGAGCUGACAGAGCAGGGACCACGGCAACGGCUGAUUAGAGACCCCGACGCCCCCCCCCCCCCCCCCCCCCCCCCCCCCCCCCCCCUUACUGAACUCCGCACAAUAACUGUCACCCUGAAGAAAAUAAAACAAGAACAGUUGC